ACAAAAUUCAAUCCAGACGAUACAACAUUGAUUACAUUCUGAUCAUUGAUUCACAUGUAUAGUAACUGGAUUAACCAACUGCUAUUCAGUUCGUGUUACUAGGAUAAAUAUUUAAUCUGACAUAAUAAAAAUUUCAUGGAUAAACAAAUCAUUUUUACAUUGAAAUAGUCCAUAGUAUAUUUGAUUCAUACAUUUCAUACCCUUAUAUAGACGAACAAAUAACAUAAGAUAUUCAUAGUUGAAUAAUACCUUGUAUCUCAAGUAAUACAUGAUCCGAUUCUCAAACAUGCUUUGGACUAUUGUCUUUAAACGAUUUUACUACUACUAUUACUAUCUCAUUGUUAUCAAUCUUUUCCUUCCUACAUGUUUUCAUUCAACUACAGAAAUAAAUUUACCUGGUGGAUAUUUUGAAAUAAUAAUUAAUUACACAAAUCCAGAAUCAACUACAUAUAAUGGAUUUUAUUGUGAUUGGCAAUUACGUAAAUGUGAUGUUUAUAUGAUUUUGGAAUUGUAUGAGAUAACUUUUAAUAAUUCAGGACGGAAAUUAUUCCGUGUGAAAACAAAGUCUAUGGCCGACACUGCAAAUUUUCGCCUCAAAGUAUCUACCAAAAUAAAUGAAAGAUUACCUGAAAAAUAUCGCUUAGAACUUUAUGUCUACGACGACGAUGCUUUGGGUGAACAUGAUUUAAUUACCGUCGCUACAGGACUGUAUCAGCCAGAAAAAACCAACGUAUUUCAAACAAUCCCAUUAAAUUACAGUCAUAUCAGUGACUCUUUCAGUCUUAGCUUAUCGAUAAGCCUAACAUGUAAUUCAAAUUACUAUGGAAAUAAAUGUGAUCUAUUCUGUUCACCCCAUCCAUGGGCAUACGACUGUGAUGAGAACGGACGAAAAAUUUGUUUGCAUGGUAGAUAUGGUGUCAACUGUGACAUUAUUGACUACUGCAAAAUACAUCCUUGCCCCAAAAAUACACGCUGCAAAAAUUUGCCGAGGGAACAUCGUCGAAAAUGCAUUUGUAAAAACUAUGAAGGCCCCGAAUGUCAUUCAGUUUACUAUUCUUGCGAAAAGUCGCCAUGUAAGAAUGGUGGUCGUUGUACGCUAUUACGUGAACUUAUAGGGGAUAACAAUGCUGAAGGGUUCAUACAUACCAAUCAAGGAACCAAUGAUGAUGACGAUGAAACUAUAUGUAGCUGCCCGGAUAACUGGAGUGGACAAUUUUGUACGGAACCAGUUAUUGAUUGUAUAUCGGAAAACGAAAAGUACAGGCUUUCAACUACGCGCUUGACAAGUCGCUUUUGUUUAAAUGGUGGAGUUUGUAUAAUUCAUCCUGGUUAUUCCAGUCCACGAUGUUCUUGUCCACCAGAAUGGGAUGGAUAUUUUUGUGAAUUAAAUAAAAGUUGGUCAGCAGGUAGAAUAUUUGGAAUAGCAUUCUCUAUUAUUUUCGUGAUAUUUCUUAUUCUCGUCAUUGGAUUCUUUGUUUGGCUGUGUUAUAUGUCUAGGCAUCCAAAUAUUCCACAACAUCCAGCAAUCACAUAUUUAUCCAAUUACCCCUAUAAUAGUACUAUCAGUGAUAAUGACAGUCAUAAAAGUACACGAGUUUACAUGAAACAUGAAAAAAUAUUCGAUAUUCCGAAAAGUACUCACUCCCCUGUUAAAUUGAGCACAUUUGGCGAUAACUCAAAUCCACGGAUGGAUACACAGAAAAUGGAAAAUACUUAUGAAUUACCUUAUACUAUAAAUAAAACAAAACAGAAUGAUAGUAAUUUUAACUCACUAGAUCGAAAUGGAAGUCCAUUUACAACUAUUCAAAGUAUUAAUGAAAAUAUUUACGUUAAUUAUGACACUUUGAUGUCCAAAGAACUACAGAGUGAUUUAUCAAAUAUUUAAGGUUACAGCGAGCUGAUAUCUGAAUCUACGUAAUUCGAAACUUCAUUGACAUACACAUAGAAAGAUUGUAUGUGAUGAGGUUCAAAUAAUUAAGUCGAUUACAUUCUGUUUCAAAUUUUAACCAUGAUUCUUAUUUCCUUUCAUUUUAUUUUACCUCUUUAUAUAUGUAUUCAGUAAUUUAUGUACAAUUCAUAAGACCUGAAUAAGAUGUGCAUGAAGAUGGGGAUUUAGUUCACAGUCAUUUUUCUUGUAAAAUAUUAUACAAAUGUGGUUCUGUGAAUAAGCUUUUUCUGAAAAAUGCAUUCAUUUCUAAAACUAUGAGUAGUAGAUUUUUAUAUCAUAUUAUUAAAUGAAUAAAGAUGAAGUUCACGAGGAACCGAAACUUUGAGUGAA